AUGUAUGAUGAAUCGAUUCCUGGAGUAGUUUACGUGAUGAGAAGCGAAACUGAAACGGCGCUAGUGACACCGAAUAUGAUAAUUUCUGACACCUUAAAAAAUGUUCAAAAUGAAAAGUUCUUGAAAAAUACCAUCUACUCCACAUCGUUUCCAUAUGUUCUUUACAA